UUUAACCCAGUGCUCCACUCAAUCUUCUGCUUUCACCAAAACAACAUCUCCAAGCUCUCAGAGAAUCAAACCCCAAGAUGGCAAGUUUCUAUGAGCAUUACGAGUUCCCAUACGAUUCCAACCAGGUUAAUCAUCUCUAUGAUCAUAACUAUUAUGAUAACAAUCAACAACAGAUGUUUGGUUCUGAUUCAAUGAGUUACAAUAGUUAUGAUACCUGGAAUGGUUCUGAGUAUGAGUAUGAGACAACCUCUGCAUCUGUUGCUUACUCUGUUUCUACCAUGUCUGAGCCGAAACACUUGUUCUAUGAUCCGAGUUACUACACAACAACAACCUACGAGUCUCCUCCUCAGUUUAGAAUCUACUGCAAUAUCCAAAACUUCAACGAGCCGGAGUUUGAAGAGUACGAUCCGACGCCGUAUGGUGGUGGCUAUGAUAUCGUUGCAACAUACGGGAAACCACUUCCUGCAUCGGAGAAAAUUUGUUACCCUUCUUUAACCGCUGGUCUAGCUACACCUCCUUCUCCUCCAGAGAUUAUCGCUCCCGUUCCUCUUGGAAUCUAUGAUGGUGGUGAAAAGAAAGAUGUUAAGAAACGUGUAACUUUCUCUGAGACAUUAGAGGAAGCUAAACCAUUGGAAACCAUUCAAGAAAAAGAACAUGAUCAUCAAGAAGAAGAGGAAGAUGAUGAUGACGAGGAAGAGGAAGAAGAAGAAGAUCACAGUUCAAGCAAUGGAACUGUGAAACCUGAAACUGUAGAUAAAGUUGAAGUGAAAGCUCUGUAUGUUCCCUCUGGUUACGGUUUAGAAGCGACAGAUCUCUGCGAGGUGAUAUUCGGAGGCUACUUUCCUUGUGUCUUACGUAACAAAAGACGCCAAGAAGAUGAGAAUCGUGCGGCUGAAGUUACUUGCUGGGAAACCACUGAUUCUGAUCCGUGGAAGACUACUUCAGAUUACCUUUUUGGUGAUUCGUAUCCGUAUGGUUAUGAGAAUGGAGUUGGAAGAAGACAGUUCGAGAUCUCUUCUUAUGGUUACUAUAGGUAUUAACCGGAGUUAUAUGAUCAUCAGAUUUGUUCAAAGUUAAGGUAAUUAAGAGCAACAUUAUUUUGAUGUUUGGUGAAGAUCAUUACAGUAUAUACAAUGAUUUUUCUUGUAUGGUUGGUCCAACGUUACUAUGGAAAGAUAUUCCAGGUUGAUCAAUAAAGAAACAUUUCUUAACUCUGUCUCUACCAUUUAAAUAUCUUAGUAUAGUUUUAUUGUAAUUUCUUAAGGUAAAUUAUAAUAAGAACUUUGUAGUUUUGAUUCUUAAGAUGAGAAGAUAUCAUAUUAAGACAUAUACAUAUAUAUACUUAAGGUUUG